UUCUUAUCUCUCGAGUGCUUUACGUCGUUCAUGAUGUUUUCCCGACUGCUUGUCUUCAUACAGAUAGUAUACGCUGACGUCUUCAUGAGUUCAAGCAGUUGCCAUGAUUUCCUCAGUAAAGGAAAUGCUUUUAGUUGCCCUUCCUGGAAUGCUGAAAUUAACACCAAUUGCAGGAUAAACCUACGACACGUGGAUCCCGCUAUAGCGGAGUAUUAUGUUGGAAUCCUCAGUCAGACAACGUUGGUGGGAUGCUUUGUCACGGACCUGGGUUCGACUCCUUACUUUAACGAAAAUUCACACGUGAUCGCUACAUGUAAACCGGGGGCAAUGUGUUUUUGGAGAAGGGUCGGUGAUGCUUAUGUUCAGGGAUGCACUUUGACCUCGACAGAUUCCGUGCCACAUUAUCAUAUUUGUCAGGGAGACUUUUGUAACCAUGGACAAAGCAGCACUGAGUUGGACGUUAUAAACAACAUAUUACGAAAUUUAAAUCGCACAACGCUUGCUCCUCACUCUACGCAUGCACACCACGCAACGCAUGCGCAUCACACGACAAGUGUACAGCACUCAACGCACGCAAUCCAGUUCACUUAUCCACCCCAAAACGUCCAUGGCUCUCCACACACCCAUACCUGCCAAGAUAUUUUCCAGAGCGGAAGUUCUUUCAAUUGUCCAUCCUGUAAUGUGGAGAUUGACACUAAAUGCAGAAUAAGUUUACGACACAUACGGCCAAUAGUAGCCAGCCAUUACCUAAGAGUGCUCGUUCAGUCGUCGUUAUUGGGAUGUUUCGUCACGGAUUCCAGUACGUCUUACUUCAACCAAUCAUCCCACGUGAUCGCUGUAUGCAAACCAGGGGCGAUUUGUUAUUCUGGGAAGUUUGGAGAUGCGUAUUUUCGUGGAUGUACUAUGGAUCCAACAACAAUUCAUCUACUCACUGAAAUCAAAACUUGCAGGGGAGAUUUUUGCAACCAUGGAACUAUUUCAGAACUGGAGCUUAUUUAUAAAAUACUGGAAAAUACAGCGGACACAGAACAAAAUAGUGCCAUACCCUGUAUUGGCACUUCUGACUCGCUGUGUCGUAAUGAAUGGCCAUUUUGUUCCAACUAUCACAACACCACAGGAAUUUGUAACUAUCAAGCUAUCAGCGAACACAUCGACUUCUUCGAUAAAUGUGCCCUCCACUGCAAGAGAUGUCAAGAAUAUUGUGAAGUCAAAAGAGGAAUUAUGACGCAACCAUCCAUUACGGGUAAUCAGAAUAAUGACCCACUGCCUGAAGUAUUCAGUCUGAUAAUGAUGUUCCAUGUGACGUUUUUGAUCACAGUUGCCUCCUGUACGAUUCCAGUGUCUGUUGCCUUCUCAUGCACUGAAAUAUUUGAAAAAGCCAAGACUAAUACGCUUGAUUGCUCACACUGCAGGACUGAGAUAAAUGAACACUGUCGAUUAAAUUUACAGCACAUUGAGCCUCAUACCCUCGCGCCUUACCUGGAUAUUUUGCGGACUACCUCUCUGUUGGGUUGUUUCUUCUCCGAGUACACCCGAAAACACCCGGAUAAAGACUACUUUAAUGGAACAUCACACGUCAUCGCUAUUUGUAAACCAGGAGCGCAAUGCGGCAACAUACAACAUACAGAUGCGUAUGAAAGGGGUUGUGUCAGCUCGAGCGCGCAUGUAAGCCAGAAAUGCAGCACAGACUUUUGUAAUCACAUCUCGGCUACAGAAAUGAAUUUGGUGGAUAACAUUCUCGGUUAUAUAAGUACUACUACUACUACUACCACCACAACAACUCCAAAACCUACGACGACAAUCACAACAACAACGACAACCACCACACCGAAACCAACAACAUCAACACCUACAACUACAACACCGAUACCAACAACUACAACAACCACACCUAAACCAACAACACCUUCAUCAACGACAACAACAACACCCAUACCAUCAUCAUCAACUACAACAACACCGAUACCAUCAUCAACUACAACAACACCGAUACCAUCAUCAACGACAACAACACCGAUACCAUCAUCACCAACGACAACAACACCUACAACUACACCGAUACCAUCAUCAUCAACGACAACAACGACACCAACAACAACACCGAUACCAACAACAACUGCUACAUCAAAAAUAACGACACCUGUAAAUUGCCAGAGUGGCUCUCGGCAAAUAUGCCAAAGUGAGAUGCCCUUCUGUUUCGACUACGAUAACUUGUCUGGUGCCUGUAAUAAACCAAUCAACAGUAACACCGAGGGCUUCUUCCAGAAGUGUUCACUCUUCUGCAACAGAUGUCAGGAGUAUUGUCAGUAUGUCGCUUCUACAACUGUUAGUACUACUACUACAACUUCCGCACCAGUCCGCCGGCAUUGUCGCCAGUGUGGGGAUUUGAGCUCCUCUAAUCCCUGCAGCACUCUUGAUGUUUACACAGGGCCCUCCACGGCCUGCCCCACGGGACUCGAUUUCUGUAUGACGGACGUAAUCCAUGAUAUCAAUGGUAACGACAACAUUUACAAAAGAUGCGUGUCCCGAAACACCUGUUCCACGCAGUGGCUGUCCCAGAGCUCGGACAAGGAUCGCUGCACUCGCUUCGGUCAAGUUCCCGUGAGUGGACAGUAUAACUGCCAUUUCUGUUGUACCGAAGAUGGGUGUAACACACGAAUUGUCCCUGAUCACAGUACUCUCUACACUCAGCACUCGUGACCAACACAAAACUGAUCCCUAACACGAGGAAAACAGUGGUUUUUUCCAAUUAAAAAAGUUUGGACACGUA